GAGAGACAGACUGCCACCACACACAGCCUCCCAGAGAGGGAGCAGGUGACUUUAACGAUGUACUCAGAACGGUCAACUAUCAGACAGUACACCCCCAAAGAGGUACCAACGCAAUGGGAGCCGAGCACCUCCAGCAGAACGAAUGUGGACGUAUGUGAGCUCUGUAUUUGCCAAGAUGAGACCCUGUCCUGUACCGGCCUCCUCUCGGAGAGGAGGCUCCACCACGUGCCGAUGCCGGAGCCCAGCGUGUACAACGGCACCUUCACAGUCUUAAACUUCCAAGGAAAUUCUAUUUCUUAUAUCGAUGAAGAUAUUUGGAAGGCAUACCGCUGGACCGAGAGACUAAUUUUCAGUGAUAAUUAUCUGAGCGAAUUACAUAAGGAUUCAUUUGAAGGCCUGCUAUCUCUCCAGUAUUUAGAUUUGUCCUGCAAUAAAAUACAGUCUAUUGAAAGACGUACAUUUGAACCACUGCCCUUUUUGCAGUUUAUAAAUCUUGGUUGCAAUCUGCUCACGGAACUCACCUUUGGAACCUUUCAGGCAUGGCACGGAAUGCAGUUUUUACACAAGAUAAUUCUCAACCGUAACCCUCUGACGACUGUUGAAGACACAUAUCUUUUUAAACUACCAGCGUUGAAGUACUUAAUCCUACCUAGUCAUAUGACCUGCUGCCUCUGCCAAUUCAAAAGUACCAUUGAAGUUGUCUGCAAGACAGUCAAGCUACACUGUGACGGCGAGUGUCUGAUAAAUUCCACACAUUGCAGUGAAGAGGUGUCGAUCGGGGCUGCCGAGGGCACCUUCAUGAAGGCCCUGCAAAUCCGCAAGAAGAACACCAGCACUGAGCUGACCAUUGAGCCCGAGAAAGCAUCCUCGGACAAGAGUGCCAUCAAUCUGUCAAACGUCCUGAUCGAGCCGAUGGAGUUCAAUGACGAGAGCGAUGUUAUAAGUGCGCUCAACUACAUAUUGCCGUAUUUCUCAGAGGGCAACCUAGCCGAUAUGGAAUCCACACUCUUACCGUUCAUCAAACUGCUUUUCUCCAACGUUCAAAACAAAGACAGGGCCCUGGAGAACAACACGAGGGAUCUCUCUCGGAAGUCUGUAUCCAACGAUGCGACUUACCAAAAAAACUUGAGGAAACUCUAUUUUCUGGAAAAUUUGUUGGAUGCGGAAAUCCGAGAGAAGAUGAGUGAGGCUAGGAAGAAAGAGAAAACCGCCAGACGGAUAGCCCCCAGCUUCUUAGGUGCCAAAUUUAAACGGCAGGUCUUCCGAAAGAAACUGGAAAGGGCUCAGCCGAGGGACGACCAGCCGGCCAAGAUCCAGCGAACAGGCGCCAAGAAAAGACUGCAGAGGACGCACCGAGUACCGUGGGGGCCCAAACGGCACCUCCGCCGCAUGGGGAAGCAGAGCAUCAAGAGGAAACAGGGGGCCCUGCCAUUUUUGGAGGGCGCCCCCAAAGCAAGAAGACCCAGGAAGCCCGCCCCAAGGGAGCUGGACCAGCACUACAAGGUGCGGAGGCCCAGGAAGUUAGGGGGCCACGCCCUCAACACGAAGGCCCUUGUGAAGGGCCACAAGGCCGUCUCUUCGUUCCUGAAACAGCACUCUGUGGGCAGGCUUUCCACCACCCUGCCGGCAAGAGCCCCGCUUGACCUGAAAAACCAGUCGAGAGACUUGUCCUACACCAUGCUUAUUUUAGAGGAUGCGAAAGCGCGAGUCAAAAACAUGAGGCCAUAUUUCAGAAGAAAACACACCUUUCAUAGACCUCGCUCUCAUAAGGCUCACCGAAGACGCAAGGCCAAACCAAAUCAAAGGCCCCGAAAGCAAGGGUCGCUCCGCAAGCUGGCGCUUAGGAAGAGGCCCCCUUACCCAGCCCUGAGGAGCCUCAUCAAUCCCCCUCCGCGAGAAGCUUUGGCAUCCGCAGAAGAACUGAGAUCUCCAGAAAACCCUUUCCCAGAACUCCUGCUUUACUCAGAGCCAGAAAACACCACCGUGUCCAAGGCCACGGAGCCACGUGAGAUGACCACUGAAGCCGCCACCCCCCGGGACCUUCUCACGGCAGACUCUGCUGGGACCGAAGACCAGCUAAUGCCCACUGUCGACCAAACCAACGAAACACAAUGGGAAUACCAUACCGUGGACACUGACUUGCCGCCCAGCACCACCGAAGGCCCCACUCACACCGCGCUCAUAGCCCCUGGUGAUGAAUUUGAAAUUCAGCUGAACCAGCAGCUGCGGUCCCUCAUCCCCAACAACGACGUGAGGAAGCUCAUUUCUCACGUGAUCCGGACUUUGAAAAUGGACUGCUCUGAGCCCCGUGUCCAACUGGCCUGUGCCAAGCUUAUCUCCAGAACAGGCCUCCUGAUGAAGCUGCUCAGUGAGCAGCAAGAUGUCAGAGUCUCAAAAGCGGAUUGGGAUACAGACCAGUGGAAAACGGAGAAUUAUAUCAAUGAGAGCACAGAAGUCCAGGGUGACCAAAAAGAGCAGGAGGCGAGUGAGCUCACAAAGCAAGUUCCGGGCUACGGCUACAACAACAAACUCAUCUUGGCGAUAUCUGUGACCGUGGUGGUGAUGAUUUUGAUUAUCAUUUUCUGUCUCAUCGAGAUUUAUUCUCAUAGAACAGUGACCGAGGAAGAUAAAGAAGACCACGAAAGGGGCUUUUUCCGAAAUCUGCUGCAUAGGAAAUGCAAAUCAGAUGGAAAACAUCAGGAGGGAGGCUUUUUUUGGAGAAGGCGGCCACUUUGGCUCCGGGAUAUGUACAGACCACUCAAUGCCACCCGCAAGAAAAACAUGGCACAGAAGCUACACGACAAGGACUCCUCCGACGAGGAUGAGAUUUUCAACAAGGACACAGGGGAGCUGUCUGAAGUUGUGACAGAGAAAGGUGAGCCUGGAGCGUCUACUCUGGAGUCCGAGGUCCCCGAAGAAAGUGAAGCUGGAACCUGAAGAGUGAAUCCCCUCUUGGCUCAGGCCGCCUGCAAAUUUUAUUUUCUGAUACUGGCUUCUCAACACUGCUUGUAAAAUACCUUAUUUUUUUCAGGUUAAAAAUAUAUAAAGUCUAUAGCCCGUUCUAGCCAUCUGGUAAGGAAUUAAAAUGUAAUACAGGUACGUGUCGCUUCACAAUAAGUUCUGUGAGCUAGAGCAUCACGUGAUUUGGAUGUUGGGCAAGCACUGUUUUAAAAGAGUGUGAGAGUCUGCUUCCAGUUGUCCUAUUGGCAGCUGCUGGGGCUGCAGGCAGAGGCCUGAGGGGGGAGAGAGGGAGCAGAGCCCCACCCCUUCUCCCACAGAAUGGGCCCCCUGCCCCCCACAUACACCCCUUGCCCAGUCUCCACUGUCUCGCCUUUCUGGAUCCUGCCCAUGGCCCAGUACUACUGAGGGAUGGGGUUUUUCAAACCGUUAGUGGGUAAAUAAUUAGCCCAAAGAGCUGUUCUCCUUCAAGACAAAACAAAACACAACUUACAGGACCGUGGAUGUAGAUGCAGUUGGAUGUUGUACAAAAGGACCUUCAACUUUGUGGUAGUUACAUAAUCUGGUGUCAAUUUGGGACUUGAGAGGAUUAAGA